CGCUUCCCCACCCUGGAAACCCCACCCUACUGGCCUUCUACCCGCCUUGACGCCUCUUCUCUGCCUCAGGCGGCUUUUGCUUCGUCCCUUUGCAGGCCACUUGGCGGGCUUUCUCUGGUGGGGGCGUCCGAGCGGCCUGCUUCACCUGCUGCUGUUGCAGUUGCAGCAGUUCCCCUGGCAAGAGAAGGGAAAGCAUUGGCUGGCUGGGCUGCUGCAUCCAGUCGGGGGUGGGGACGACAUCUGUCUUGCAGCUGCCGCCGCUGAGGUGGAGUCCUGCUAAGGCUUUGAGCAGCGCCUGUUCCCGCUCGCACCUCUACCCUCCGACCCCCGACUUCCCGCUCACUCUUCUUCAUCCCCAUCGCAUCCACCUGCCGUCCUGUCCGGUAAAUAAUCGCUGCCUGGUUGCCCUGCUGAAUCCUCCCUUCGCCUUGCUCGCCCGCCUGCCUCACAGCAGCAUCCCCUCCCCCUUCCUUCCCGCCUGCAUGGAGAGGGAGAAUGGCGGAGAGAGAGAAAGGAGCCACGUCCCCGACCGGAUCCUCGCCGUUCUUGGGGCUGCACAUCGCCUCGCCCCCCAAUUUCAGGCUCACCCAUGACAUCAGCCUUGAAGAGUUUGAGGAUGAAGAUCUCUCUGAAAUCACUGAUGAGUGUGGAAUCAGCCUACACUGUAAAGACAAUUUAGCUUCACGGAGCCACGUGAAUCUGCAGACCAGCAGUGUUCUGGGAGUGGGUGGUGGGGAGGUGAGCCGGCUCCAGGCAGAGAUACUUCAGCUAGACCUGAUUGACGCUGCUGGGGAGACCCCUGGUGAAGAAGAGAUGGCGCCUGAGCCAAUCAAGAAAGAGCCCCCACCAGUAACCAUGGAUACCUACAGACCCAAGCGGCCCACAACGCUCAAUCUCUUUCCACAGGUGCCUCGGACACAGGACACUCUGAAUAACAACUCUCUGGGGAAAAAACACAGUUGGCAGGAGCGAGUGUCCCGGUCAUCAUCCCCUCUGAAAACUGGUGAGCAGACCCCUCCCCAUGACCACGUUUGCCUGAGUGAUGAGGUCACUCACCAAAACAGCACAACCUCCACCAAAGAUCGGGGCACAUCUACAGAGAGCCCGUGCCGGCGUACAGCUGCCACCCAGAUUGCACCAGUCUGUGUUGCCUCCUCCCGGGCACUUGAGAAGCAGCAGGCUGCCAACCAUCCCCAACCACAGAACCCCACCGUUGUAGUGGUGACAAGGGGGCCAGAAGCUUAUCGGGACCGCAUUCGCUACCAGACAGAUGUGAGACUGGAGGCUACUGAGGAGAUUUACCUAACACCAGUACAAAAGAAUUCUGACCCGCUAGAGUCUGAGAAGCCAUUCAUGUCACAGUCUAGUGAUAACCGGAUGUCCAUCAGCUCUGACAUAGACACUUCCAGCUACCUGCAACUGACAGGAAAACCCAACACCUCAAUCAGUGAGGAGGAUGAAGUGCUAGACUACCUGUCCUCACCUGACAAAAUUAACUCAUCAAGGACUGUAUAUGGCAGUAGCAAUGGUAGCUACCGACCUUGUCAUAACCGCCAGAGGGCAUCAGUGAGCUCCGACACCAGUGCCCUCUCCUAUGAUUCAGUCAAAUACACUCUAGUGGUAGAUGAGGAUGUGCAGCUAGAACUCGUUAGCCUGAAACAGUGUUACUCAGGUUACAGUGAUGAGAGUGAUUCGGCCACUGUCUAUGACAACUGUGUCUCCUCACCUUAUGAAUCAGCCAUCGGGGAGGAGUAUGAGGAGGAUGCCCUGAAACGUGACUCUGUCUGUCUCUCUGAGGACUCCACCCCUGAGGCCGACAUCCAUUUCUCCAAGAAGUUCCUCAAUGUCUUCAUGAGUGGCCGGUCGCGCUCUUCCAGUGCUGAAUCAUUCGGUCUUUUCUCUUGUAUUAUCAAUGGGGAGGAGCAAGAGCAGACUCACCGAGCUGUCUUCAGGUUUGUGCCUCGUCAUGAAGAUGAACUAGAACUGGAGGUAGAUGAUCCUCUGUUGGUGGAGGUUCAGGCAGAAGAUUAUUGGUAUGAGGCUUAUAAUAUGCGGACAGGUGAUCGGGGCAUCUUCCCUGCUUACUACGCUAUUGAGGUCACCAAGGAUCCUGAUCAUAUGACAGAUUCAAGCAAGGCUAGUGAUUGGGUGGAUCAGUUCCGAGUGAAGUUCCUUGGGUCGGUCCAGGUCCCAUAUCACAAAGGCAAUGAUGUGCUAUGUGCAGCUAUGCAGAAGAUUGCCACUACUCGCCGCCUCACCGUGCACUUUAACCCGCCCUCCAGCUGUGUCCUGGAGAUCAGCAUGAGAGGAGUCAAGAUUGCUGUAAAAAGUGAUGACUCCAAGGAUCCUAGCAAGGGGAACAAAUGUAGCCACUUUUUCCAGUUGAAGAACAUUUCAUUCUGUGGAUACCACCCAAAGAACAACAAAUAUUUUGGGUUCAUCACCAAGCACCCAGCUGACCACAGAUUUGCGUGCCAUGUUUUUGUCUCAGAAGAGUCCACCAAGCCACUUGCAGAGUCUGUAGGGAGAGCCUUCCAUCAGUUCUACAAGGAAUGUGUGGAAUAUACAUGCCCCACAGAGGACAUCUACCUAGAGUAGGGGCAGGGAUAGCCCCCUCCCUCCUGUACAGACAAGGGCCAUUCCCCCAUUGUGCAUGGACAAGCUGCUUUGAGACUGAAGGAGGAGUGGGUAUGGGGACAGUUUCCCUCAGUGUGCAGAGCCCCACCUCUCUCAGUGCACCUCCUUUCCUUGAGAUGGGGGUAUGGGAUGGGUGGGAUGGGUAAACAAAAAGGGGUUUAUUAUUAAAAGAAAAAAGUUUUUUGUUUAUUUGAAGAAAAGCGCCAUCAGUGGAAAUGGGUGCUGCUGUCGCAGGUGUAAAAGAAGAGUGGGCAUGGGAUCUCCCACUUGCUGUGCACAUGAAUGGGCUGGCUUGGUACUUCAGGGAGAUAGAGGGCUCCAGCACCUUUUGGGCUCCUUCUGUGUGUUGAGGCCUGCUCUAGUUCCAGCUGCCACAUUUAGCCCUUUGUGUUGGGGGGUUAGUAAGGAAGGAGUGCUGCACUUCCACAGUGGAAGACUUGAUAAUAAGCUUGGGAAGAAAGGCAAGUAGUGAACCCAGUUCCUGGCUGGGAGGGGGGCGAGGAAGAGUGCAGGAGAGUGAACAAAGGGAAAGGUGGUGAUGAAUGUUACCAAGACAUAGCAUCCAAGCAUCUUAUCUUGUGACUGCAAAAGAUUCAGGAACUGCUGGAGAAACAUUGGUGCUUGUCCCACCUCUCUCUCUCUCUUUGAAGGAGAAGGAGGGUUUCAAGCAUGGAGAUAGCCAAGGGGGGACCAUGCCCUGUAAUCUGCUGAUGGAAAGAGCUCCGCCAUUCCAACCCUUGUUCUAAAUCUCCUUUUCCACCACCACUGCUCUCCAGCUGCAGGUUCUAAGUUCAUGGAGGGAAUCGAUCCUGCAAGAAACCAAGAGCCAGGGUUCUUGGCAUUAGGGGCUUGAGAGGAGCCCCUGCCAAAAGCACAAAAGUGAUUCAGGAAGGGCUAGGUCCCACUGAGAAGCAAAGCUAGGAGAAUAGCAUGAGAGCUGUGGAAAGGUGUGCCUUUGCCCCCCCCCCAAGGCAGGGGGCUCUGUGCUUCUGCUGGAUCUGCUCUGAUGACAACAAUGAUUAAACGUUGAUGUUUCAAA